CCCGCCCCCCGGCUGCCGCCGCUGCCGGCGCACUCGCCGGUCGCUGUGAAAAGGCGCAGGCGGCAGCCGUUCCGGCUCCGCUCGGGUCCCAAGCGCCUCCCCGCGCCCGCACUUCUCUUGCUCCGGCUGCCCGCACCCGCCAAACUUGAUGUGACCCCAGCCCAAGACGGCGGCUGCCCCACUCACUGCCCCGCACGCCUCCCCCACCCCCCUCCACCCCGCACUCCCCGGAGCGCACGGGCCACUGACCACCCCCCUCCCCCCACUCCACUCCACUCGGGGCCCCGGCGCCGCUCCCCGCCCCCUCCUCUUGCCUCUCUCCCUCCCUCCUCUUCAGCCCCCUCCCGCACCAUGAGCAACCUGAAGCCGGAUAGCGAGCACAGCACCAGCACCGGCACCGGCACCGGCACCGGCUCCGGCAUCGGAGGCAGCUUGGAAGAGGAGGUCCGGACACUGUUCGUCAGUGGUCUCCCUGUAGACAUCAAACCAAGAGAACUCUAUCUUCUCUUCCGGCCAUUUAAGGGGUAUGAAGGGUCACUGAUCAAACUCACAUCAAAACAGCCUGUAGGUUUUGUGACUUUUGACAGCCGUGCUGGGGCAGAAGCAGCCAAAAACGCACUGAAUGGCAUUCGUUUUGACCCCGAGAAUCCACAAACCUUACGGUUAGAAUUUGCCAAGGCCAACACGAAAAUGGCAAAGAGCAAACUGAUGGCGACACCAAAUCCCACUAGCAUUCACCCUGCCCUCGGCGCACACUUCAUCGCACGGGAUCCCUAUGACCUGACAGGAGCUGCUCUGAUCCCCGCUUCCCCGGAGGCCUGGGCCCCUUACCCCCUGUACACUACAGAGCUGACCCCUGCCAUCCCACAUGCUGCAUUCACCUACCCAGCUGCUGCCGCCGCCGCCGCCGCCCUGCAUGCCCAGAUGCGCUGGUACCCUCCCUCUGAAGCCACGCAACAAGGAUGGAAAUCUCGUCAGUUCUGUUAGUCCUUCAGUUUGCCACAACAGCUUGAAACACCCAGUCUGAGUCCCUACUGGAGCCUUCAGCUGGGGAGAAAGCCAUAGAGUCAAUUUGCAGAUCAUUUUGGUGGGCACCAACAUCGGUCCCCUUGGGUGGCCCUCAUCUGUCCUCCCCUCCAAAGACUGUGAAUUAUAAGACCAACUUAAUGGACUGUGUCCCAUCUUUCCUUUCCUUCUCAUUUCCCAUUCCCACCCUGCCCCAGGGGCUCUCCCAAGGCCUGGCUAGAGGGGGGCACAGGGUCUCUUGGCUGAGACAAGGAGGCUCAGGGCUGUGGCCAACUGUGGGACAGAGCUAUUUCCAGGCCUCUGUCACCCAAAUCGUUUUGUUUCUGCAGCUCUGCUUAAAGGAAACAAGACAUUUAAUUUUGCAUGUUUUCUGGCAUGAAUUAAGACAUUUAAACUUGUGUAUGUGCGAGUGUACAGUUUGUUCUAGCGUUAGUGUCACCAUAGCAACAGAUCUUGGCCCACUCACUGGUCCAUCAUUCCAUGCCCCCACCCCCCAUUAUCUCUCGCUUCUGUGAAGAGAAGACUUGGCUUUUAAACUGAGAAAUGAUCACUCCUCCCAGUCUUCUUCCACCUCCCCAGGAUGAUGGGCAAAAUUUAAGGAAAUACCUGUCCAGCGACGCACUGGGUUUUCUCCUACAUUUUGCUUUGGGGUUCUCCCCUUUCUCCUCCAACGAGCUCUCCCCUGAGAACAGUUGCCAGAUAAGUGUCCCCUCUCCACUUUCUGAGGGAGCACAGGCCCUUCCCUGCCUUGCCAGUUGCUAUCAUCCUUUCUAACCUUCCAAACAACCAAAAAAAGUGCAAGUAUUUUUGUACCAUGUGUAACAAGGCUAUAUUUAUGCAUCAUAAAGGAUUUUGUGUGUGUGUUUGUGUGCAAUGAAUAAAGAGAAAUGACUAGCCCUGUCAAAUAAGUUAAUGUUGAGUUUGAAGCUUGAAGAGGAUUCUGUUCUUCAGUGAUAAGCGUUUUUGUCAGGCAUUAGUUUAAAAAAAAUGAAGGAAACAAAUCGUGCAAUUUCAUUUUGUUUUUGUGAACCUAUGUCAUAUUACUGCUUGGUCCUGAAGUGCUUUACCUAUUACCUACAGCCGUCUCGCUUGUAUUCAGACUUUGGAGAAUAGGUUGCUAUUAUCAUUGCUGAUCCUAUGAGAAUGUGAAACUGGAUAAUAUAUGAAAUGCAAAAUAAAAUAUCAUCCAAGGUGA